AUGAGAGGAGCCGGGUCGGUCCUGCGAAUGCUGCAGUCGAAUAGCGAGGUUAAGACCAGACCAAAGUGCCGUUUCACCGAAAAGAUUGGCGGACAGACAGAUGCAGAUGCCAAAAGCGUGACCAUCAUCGAUGCGACGUCUGAAGUCUUAGUUGUCGCAACAUGGACGGAGCAGAUCGUGGAUAGUCUCGUUUUCUACGACGGCAGUCGUCGUUUUCAAGGUUCGGCGCGGCUCGCGAGUGAUUUACUCCCUCGCGUGUGUGGUCGGGACGUACCGCCUUCGUACGUCGUCUGA